AUGCUUCGGUCAUUCACAAAUCACAAUACUAGAAUACUACGACUUAGUUAUGCCUUUCAAAGACUUAACUCAGUUUCAUCCAAAUCGAGAGCAGAAGAAUCUAGCUCCACAACACAUGAAUCAAUUCUAUCAAACUCAUCAUCAUCAGAUGCAAAUUCGGCUAUAGUAGAUAAAAUGAAACAGAUACUAGAAGAGAAGAUAACUAGUCUGCUGUCUAACAUCUCGUCCUUGAAGAAUUUGGAUCCAUCCAUUAAUAGUAUCUUGACUGAACACGAUUAUGGAAAGAAAGAAAAUCGAGACCAUAUACAAGCUCAAUCAUAUAUUAAAAGUGAACCUUUAUUAAACCGAAACAAGCAUGCGAAAGAUAUAUAUAACUCAAAACCUUGGGAUGGAACAGAAUCAACAUACGAUUCAAAUUUGAGAAUGAUCAUAGAUUCAGUUCCUAAACCUAUAAAUGAUCCAAUGAGUACUUUUAAAACUAAAAGAAGAAAAUCUUCAAAUGAAAGGUUAUCAAUUGCUAAAGAUGUGAGUUUGGAUUAUAAGAUCAAUAAAUCACCAGAAGAUAAGGAAAAAGAGAAAUUUCGUGAAAUGUACAAGGAGAAAUUAUUAGGACCUUCUAUGUUUCUUAACAAAUCAUCAUUAUCGUCUAUUGAUUAUGUUGGUGCUUUAGCUGGAAAUAAAAUUAAUGCUUCGAUUGAUCAACAAACUGGUAGAUUUGAAGAUUCUCCAGAAAUGGUAAAUGUUAGAGGAAAACCUUUGAGUAAAGAGCAUUUGAAAAAUUGUACUGAUACAAACUAUUUUAUGAAUCAAGUAUUGAAUAAACAAGAGAUUCUACCACCUUGGAUAGAAAACCAACAGACAUUGAAUAAAUCAAUUAACGAGUUUAAAAAGAGUUUAGAUGAAAUGUGGUUCAAGUGGAUAAUUAAUGAAUCGAUAAUGCAGAAUAUAAUUGAACGAGCAAGUUCUGUUGAUGAAAUACUAGAUUAUUACGAAAACAAUAUUUCCAAAAUCACAAUGGAAGAUAAUUCAUUAAAUGAAACAAAUAUGAACUAUAUAACGGCAAAAGUGAAAUUGUUGAAUUCUGAAAUAAGGCAUUAUAAUUUACAAUGUCCCAGCUUAAGUAGUCACAAAUAUAAAUUACGUGAAGAUAUCGAAGUGGAAAAUUCAUAUUGGAGAACAUUGGAGAAUUUCUCAUCUCACAUAGAAGCAUGGUUUGAUCGUAACAGGAAAAGAAAAAAUUCCAAACUUAUUGAUCGAACCAAUUUGAGUAGUGCUGGUAAAGUAUUUCAAAAUUUCAGCUUGAAAGGAUCACCUGACCUUCAUGUUAAUACUGAAAUUGAUACAAAAUUACAUUUAUGGCAAGCUAUAAAAGACAUUUUUAAAAAGGAUACUAAAACCGUAUAUAGAUAA